AAGGGUGGCGAGCGAAAUGGUACGACGCGCAUGGAGGAGGAGGAGGAGGCGGUUUACGAGCGAUCAGAAGGAAGUGGUGAAGAGACUGGGGUUGAAGAGGACAGAGAGGGACAGGUGGGGCAGAAUGGAACGCGGAGAGCGGAGGUUGCCGCCGGUGGUAGCGAUCAAGAAAGGGUUGCCAGCCGCGCGGACAGCACGGGUCCUGAAGCGAUCACGAUAGAUCAGGGAGGAGGAAGUCCAGUCCCAGAAGUCCAGUCCUCUGGAAAGGCUUCAUCUGGGGAGGUUACGCCCGGAUCCGGGCAGCCGGAGCAAAGUCAUUCCGGAAUCGAAACGAAUAUUACCGCAAAGGGGGGCGUUGCCGCUGGAUCUGAUGACGUCGCUUCUGAACGCGGAGACAAUGGAGUGGAGGCAUCAGCAAGUGCGCGCCUGUCUAAAAGCCACGCCCAUCGUGGGCGGAGCCAUCGAAAACGAAGUAUAAGUGAACAGGUUAUAUGUGGCGAUGAUGGACAGGACGUUUUUGAGAAAGAAGGC